UCAGCUAUUCUGGCACAAUUCUGGGAUUUAACUUUUUUAGAGUUAGUGACCAAGUGAACGAAACCCGAGAUGUACAAAACUCCUUUAUGAAGUCUUCAGUGAUUUACGGAGAGAGUAAUUAUGCCGCGGAGAAAUUUUUUCAUCUGCAUUGCACUACUGCCUACUCUCAUUCAGCUAUCAAGAGUUGAUGCAGGACAAUUGUUAUCUACUGAACAUCGCACACACGCGGCAACAGAACGCGCCAAUGAUUUGAGAUGUUUUGAAUGUGACACAAUUGAAGAUGGAGAAUAUUGCGUCAAUCCGAAUCGAAACUACACCUGGCUGAUGAAAAAAUGUAAAGAUGAUCGUCGUCAGUGUAUGGUAAAGAGAUAUUCAUUUACAACAAGUACCGAGAACUCGACAUCGGAGCCGAUGAUGUGGGCGUUGGAGCGAAAUUGUACAAAUAAAUGUGAGCCUGGGUGCAUUGUAAUCGGGGAGCGUACAAAGCUCUAUGCAUGCACAGCCUGCUGCGAAAAGUCUUUUUGCAACACUGGCAAAGGAACUGCUGCGGAUCUUACGACUCGGGAGAUUGGUUUCCUAUUAACUCUUGUAUUGCAAGCGGUACUGACUGUUACUCUUUAUCCUGCGUGACACUAAUAAAAUUA